GGCGCCAUGGGCUGAAAGCUAAACCGAGAUGGAAUCUCCCAGUCUGAACCGGUUUCAACCGGUUACGAGUUAGUUGCUUGAGAGAGGAGAGGAGGCGCAGGGACACCAUCACCACACCGCCCCGCUGCAACAUUAUUUAAAGCUCUAUGCCAGCAAUAAUGACAAUGUUGGCAGACCAUGCAGCACAGCAGCUGCUGGACUUUAACCAGAAACUGGACAUCAACCUGUUGGAUAAUGUAGUAAACUGUUUAUAUCAUGGAGUGGGACCACAGCAAAGAAUGGCACAAGAAGUGUUGACACAUUUGAAAGAGCACCCGGAUGCCUGGACCCGCGUCGACACCAUACUGGAAUUCUCCCAGAAUAUGAACACCAAAUACUAUGCUCUUCAAAUUCUGGAAACGGUUAUCAAAACAAGGUGGAAAAUUCUGCCCAGGAAUCAAUGUGAAGGUAUUAAAAAGUACGUUGUGGGUCUCAUUAUCAAGACCUCGUCGGACGCGACUAAUGUAGAGAAGGAAAAAGUGUAUAUCGGGAAGUUGAAUAUGAUCCUCGUUCAGAUCUUGAAGCAGGAGUGGCCCAAGCACUGGCCCACCUUCAUCAGUGACAUCGUGGGCGCGAGUCGCACAAGCGAGAGCCUGUGUCAGAACAACAUGAUCAUCCUCAAGCUGCUCAGCGAGGAGGUGUUUGACUUCUCCAGCGGACAGAUGACCCAGGUCAAGGCAAAGCACCUCAAGGACAGCAUGUGCAACGAAUUCUCCCAGAUUUUCCAGCUUUGCCAGUUUGUCAUGGAGAAUUCCCAGAAUGCACCCUUGGUGCACGCAACCCUGGAGACCUUGCUACGGUUCCUCAACUGGAUUCCACUGGGUUACAUCUUUGAAACUAAACUCAUUAGCACACUGGUGUAUAAGUUCCUGAACGUGCCCAUGUUCCGCAACGUGACGCUGAAGUGCCUGACGGAGAUCGCAGGCGUGAGCGUCAGCCAGUACGAAGAGCAGUUCGUCACCCUCUUCACGCUGACCAUGUGUCAGCUCAAACAGAUGCUGCCCCUGAACACCAACAUUCGGCUGGCCUACGCCAACGGGAAGGACGACGAGCAGAACUUCAUCCAGAACCUCAGCCUGUUCCUCUGCACCUUCCUGAAGGAGCACGGCCAGCUGGUGGAGAAGAGGCUGAACCUGCGGGAGACGCUGAUGGAGGCCCUGCACUACAUGCUGCUGGUGUCUGAGGUAGAGGAGACGGAGAUCUUCAAGAUCUGCCUGGAGUACUGGAACCACCUGGCGGCAGAGCUGUACCGCGAGAGCCCCUUCUCCACCUCCACCUCGCCCCUGCUCUCCGGCAACCAGCACUUUGACGUGCCGCCCCGCAGACAGCUCUACCUGCCCGUGCUCUCCAAGGCUCAGGAAGUGGUCCCACUCAGGAGGGCUGGCAGGCAAGCCGCUGCCCAUACUGAGGUGCGCCUGCUGAUGGUGAGCCGCAUGGCCAAGCCGGAGGAGGUGCUGGUGGUGGAGAACGACCAGGGUGAGGUGGUGCGGGAGUUCAUGAAGGACACGGACUCCAUCAACCUCUACAAGAACAUGAGGGAGACGCUGGUGUACCUGACCCAUCUGGACUACGCCGACACGGAGCGCAUCAUGACGGAGAAGCUCCACAACCAGGUGAACGGCACCGAGUGGUCCUGGAAGAACCUGAACACGCUGUGCUGGGCCAUCGGCUCCAUCAGCGGCGCCAUGCACGAGGAGGACGAGAAGAGGUUCCUGGUCACCGUCAUCAAGGAUCUGCUGGGUCUUUGUGAGCAGAAGAGGGGCAAGGACAACAAGGCCAUCAUAGCCUCCAACAUCAUGUACAUCGUGGGCCAGUACCCCCGCUUCCUCCGGGCCCACUGGAAGUUCCUGAAGACGGUGGUCAACAAGCUCUUUGAGUUCAUGCAUGAGACCCAUGACGGUGUGCAAGACAUGGCGUGCGACACUUUCAUCAAGAUCGCCCAGAAGUGCCGGCGCCAUUUUGUCCAGGUGCAGGUGGGAGAGGUGAUGCCCUUCAUCGACGAGAUCCUCAGCAACAUCAACACCAUCAUCUGUGACCUGCAGCCGCAGCAGGUUCACACCUUUUACGAGGCUGUGGGCUAUAUGAUUGGGGCCCAGACGGACCAGGCGGUCCAGGAGCACCUGAUAGAGAAGUACAUGAUGCUGCCCAACCAGGUGUGGGACAGCAUCAUCCAGCAGGCCACUAAGAACGUGGACAUCCUGAAGGACCCAGAGACGGUGAAGCAGCUGGGCAGCAUCCUGAAGACCAACGUGCGCGCCUGCAAGGCGGUGGGCCACCCCUUCGUCAUCCAGCUGGGCCGCAUCUACCUGGACAUGCUCAACGUCUACAAGUGCCUCAGCGAGAACAUCUCUGCGGCCAUCCAGACCAACGGUGAGAUGGUAACCAAGCAACCCUUGAUCCGGAGCAUGCGGACGGUGAAACGAGAGACGCUCAAACUGAUUUCAGGCUGGGUCAGCCGAUCCAACGAUCCACAGAUGGUGGGGGAGAACUUUGUGCCGCCGCUGCUGGACGCCGUGCUCAUCGACUACCAGCGCAACGUGCCGGCGGCCCGGGAGCCCGAGGUCCUGAGCACCAUGGCGACCAUCGUCAACAAGCUGGGCGGACACAUCACGGGCGAGAUCCCCCAGAUCUUCGACGCCGUCUUCGAGUGCACGCUCAACAUGAUCAACAAGAAUUUCGAGGAGUUCCCGGAGCACAGGACCCAUUUCUUCUACCUUCUCCAAGCCGUCAACUCCCACUGCUUCCCUGCAUUCCUGGCCAUCCCGCCGGCCCAGUUCAAGCUGGUGCUGGACUCCAUCAUCUGGGCCUUCAAGCACACCAUGAGGAACGUGGCUGACACUGGCCUGCAGAUCCUCUACACCCUCCUCCAGAACGUGGCCCAGGAGGAGGCGGCGGCGCAGAGCUUCUACCAGACGUACUUCUGUGACAUCCUGCAGCACAUCUUCUCCGUGGUCACCGACACGUCGCACACGGCCGGCCUGACGAUGCAUGCGUCCAUCCUGGCCUACCUGUUCAACCUGGUGGAGGAGGGCAAGAUCAGUACGGCCCUCAACCCCGCGGCCCCCACCAGCAACCAGGUCUUCAUCCAGGAGUACGUCGCCAACCUGCUGAAGACCGCCUUCCCUCACCUACAGGAUGCCCAGGUGAAGGUGUUUGUGACGGGGCUGUUCAGCUUGAACCAGGACAUACCUGCUUUCAAGGAGCACCUAAGAGACUUCCUAGUCCAGAUCAAGGAGUUUGCGGGCGAGGACACCACAGACCUGUUCCUGGAGGAGCGGGAGGCGUCGCUGCGCCAGUCCCAGGAGGAGAAGCACAAGAUCCAGCUGUCUGUGCCAGGCAUCCUCAACCCCCACGAGAUCCCCGAGGAGAUGUGUGACUGAGGCCCCCCCCCCCCUCCGCCCCUCGUUCCCUUGACAAACUGUACAGCCCUCCCCCCAUUCCUCUGCAAACAAAACGUGCAAACGUAGGAGAGAAACAAGAAGCUAACCGCAUGAAGUGACACCACAGCAGAACCCAAAAGGGGCGUUCCCCCCCCCCCCCCCCCAUGUGCCGGCAGAGCGGGGCAUCCCAUUGGAUGUUUAUCGACCAAAACAAUGCCAACAAUAUGUAAAUGAUAACCAUGUCACCCUGUGGCUCUUUUGCAUCAUAGGCAUUUUGUAUGGUGACUUGGUGUAAUAUCUUUACAAAACGGUUAUUUCAACUGAAGUUUGUUUGAUCUGUGACACAUCCCAAGAACUUGCAUGAGGUUGCGACAGUUUGGAAAAGUGAACAUGUUCUUUUUUUGUCUUUUCUUCCUUUCUCCUCCUUUUUCUUGUUUUUUUUAUAUUUUCAGUUCCCUGUCGUCCACAUAAUUGUUUAUAAUAUAUAUUUAUAUAUACGCACAGUUUAAGCAGACGGUGUGUGUGUGUGUGUGUGUGUGUGUGUGUGUGUGUGUGUGUGUGUGUGUGUGUGGCGAAGCGAAGCAUGUGUGAAGAGGCAUCAGAAUGGAGGCUUCUAGAGGAGUGGCAAUGGACACAUGUUUGGUGCCCCCACUGCACCAAUGAUGUGAAUCUGGAUGCGUUUUGAAUGGAGGCUUGAAGAGAAGCUGCUCUUCUCACAGAGCGUGGAGUUGUAUGUAGGCCUUGAAUUAACAAACAAAAAGGAGGGGGAAAAUAGGAUGUUUGGCCGCGGCCAGACAGGAAUCUGUUUUUUCUUUUUAAGGGAAAACAAAGUCGAUAAUGUGCAUAUCCUCCCAACUGUAACGCAUUAUGAAUACCGUGGGAACAGAAAAUGGAUGAUUAUUUCUUCCUUAUUCUAUUUUUUUUUUUUUUUGGUGUGUGUGUGCGUGUGUGCUGUCGCCUGGUCGACAUCAGAGUUUUGUUUUCCUCUAAGAGGACUGUUGCUCAUUUAUGAGCCUUCAUUAAUGGCAUGUUUUAAGGAAGCAGUGGAUAUAUUUAUGGGUUCUUGGUUUGGUUGCAUCUUUAUAACUCCUGUUUCACUCUGACAGCUUUUCAAGGAUUUUGAAUUCUACUAAUUUACGUUGUUUACCAUAAUCCUGUAGUGCUUCAAUUCACUACCUUUAGAAACCAAUACAACCUUGGUUUACUUAUUUUAUAUAUUUUUUUUCCUUUGUCAUUUGUAACUGUUUUAAGAUCAAUCCAAAUAAACAAAAGGCUUUUUUCCAGAGAGCAAAAGUAAUUGCCAAUUAGCUUAAUUAGGGAAAGAAUGUAUAAAUCCAAAUAAUUACCUAAUAUCUAAUGGAAAAUAUCCCUUCUCAAGUGAUGGAUUUGUUGUGAACUUUUUGAACUGAUUAAAGAUGAGAAUUUUAUAAGCA